AUGCGACAAAGGAAUCCCCGACAACACUUUUUUAAUGGUGGCCUUGCGGAUCGACGAAUCAGCAAUCUGGAUCAUCUACUUCGAUGCAGUAUCAGUGCACAUGUGACUCACGCGGUCGUCUCGCGUGGCUGUCCGUCCUCAUGUGAUGGUAGUGGGACGAGUGGCCAAGAUGACAGUCAUCGUUUUUGUUGGCCCCAACACCGGGACAGUCCAACCGACUGGUGGUGGUACGCAUACUGUGCACCGCAUCUGCCGAUGAAAACAACCGUCCCUCUUGAACCUAAUCCAUGCAAACUUGAGACGGCAUCAGAUGUCAAUUCCCUCGUGCAGACUAUCGUCCGUGUCGCCGUGACUGAUGAUGCCCGAUACCUUUGGCGGUUGCUUAUGCCUCGCUUAAAUAACCGGUCGUCAAGUGCAGACAGUGCACGUAACCCUGACUCAUCUCAAACACCAAUGGAAUGGUGGGAUCCGAAACGUGCUUCCCUUCCUGGUUUUCUUGAACCUCAGGUCUUUCUGCGCAAAACACCAGUCAGUCUCAUUUGGGAGGUGGAUAUUACUUAUUUGUUCAUCAGUUUACUUCAUCUCCGACCCGGUUUAGAAGAGGCUCGAAUAGCCCAAUGUCAGUGUGAACGACUGGCCGACGUCCUAGACGAACUAAAAAGCACGGAAACCGGUGCAGGCUCACUUGGUGCUGCCUUGUUGGCUUGUGACGAAGGCCGGCCCCGUAUCCCUGUGGGAGACGCGCACGAGACACAUUUGGUUCGUCUCUGUUAUUGUGCUAUCCUUGUACAAGCGUUACUAUCGUGGAAUCCGGGGUCAUUCACAGAUGCGGAUAACGCAUCAACUUUGUCCGCACUCGGUUUCAGUACAGACUGUAUGCCUUGCUCUUCCAUGCCUCAGAGUUGGUCCAAUCCACAAUUGCUCGAGGUAUGCAAUCGGCUCCGUAAACUGGUUGGAUUGCCAGUACAAACGUUUCCUUCCACGGACGUGCUCAGCGCAGUGUACUCACUGAGUACAUAUGUACGAAUUCAUUGUUUGCCGUUUCUGCGGAUUGCCGCGUUCGUUAUCCAUUUGAUUACACAGGUGGAAGUGCCGCAUGAUUUGCGUCAGGUCCCCGAUGGGGAAACUUUCGACGUGAAUGUGGAAUACGAUUUGUUGCUGACCUACUUGGGUUUGCCUCGAGGGCCGUCCGAUCUGCUCUCAGUCCUUUCUACCCAUCCUAACUCGCUGGACGCAUCCCGCUCGCCCGAGUCGAUUCGAUCACUGUUGGAUGAGCAGGAUGUGUCCUCACUCUCUGAAUCACUAUGGCUCGCUCGCUUGAUCAUUGGUUGGUGCCUGUCCGGGCUGUCCUGUUCCAGUCGUGAACUGUAUCAAUCAUUGUGCGCUCACUGGCAAUCACAGACUGCUUCACCGAACAUGCCCAGUCAUGACGCAGUGCUGUACCCGGAACCCAUCAGUCGCCUGCCGCAUUUAAUACCUCUGCCUCAUGAUUAUACGAAUCUCCUAUCUUUGAUUGUAGAUUUCAAAUGCAACGUGGGAGGAAACGCGCAUAGUGAUCCUAGCAUUUGUCUCUUGUGUGGACACGUAGCGUGUUUCAUGUGCUACGGUUGUCGACAAUUUGAGCCCGACGUUCCCGUUCCUGCUCCGGAUUCUAUCGUAUACAGUAUGCCUGCCCAUUCACGUCGUUGUCAUUCCGGUUACAGCUUGAUCCUGCGGAUCUAUUCUUGUCGUGUAUUUCUCUUGUCGGAUCAAGCACGUCGAUUCACGGAGGUUACAGCCCCCUACCGGGACGUGUUUGGCGAAACAGAUCCGGACUUGAAGUAA